AUCACUAUUUCAUAGAUAUCACUGAAAAAAUAUGGCCAAAAAAGUGACUAUGAUUGGGGUGAAUAUGAAAUUACUAUUUUUCCUUGUAUUUUCUUUAAUAUAUAUUAAAAAUGGUCACGCCGACGAUAUCUUAGGUUGUGGUGGAUUCGUUAAAAGUCAUGUCACUUUGGAUUUCUCUAAAAUUGAGAUCGGCCUGUAUACAAAAGAUGGAAGCUUAAAAGAAAAGACUGAAUGUGCUCCUACCAAUGGGUAUUACUUUUUACCUCUUUAUGAGAAAGGGGAUUAUGUGUUGAAGGUCCAUCCACCAGCAGGAUGGAGCUUCGAGCCUGCUGAGGUGAACCUUAACAUAGAUGGAGAAACAGAUGCCUGUUCGGUCGGGCAAGAUAUAAACUUCCAGUUUAAUGGUUUUGGGAUCACCGGUAGAGUUAUAACAGCAGGUCAAAAGCUGGGGCCAAGUGGAGUUUCAGUUCAGCUGGUCAAUGAUAAAGGAGAAGUGAGGAAUACUGUUACUACUACAGGAGGUGACUUCCACUUUACACCUGUGAUACCUGGCAAAUACACUGUGAAAGCUUCACAUCCAAGAUGGAAACUGGAGCCAGCCCAGGCCGUAGUGCAGGUAAAGGAAGGCAACACUGCUCUACCCACAGGGGUGCUGGCCGUGAAAGGAUAUGACGUCAAAGGAUCCGUCACAUCAUUUGGGGCCCCCAUGAGCGGCCUCUAUGUCCUCCUGUAUGCAAAAGAUGAAAAGCAACUGUUCCGUGUCGAAGGCUGCAAAACUGCACUCCUCCAAGGAGUCCCUGACUCCCCAAUAUGUCAUUCAGUGACUGACAGCAACGGAGAGUUCAGUUUUGGCCUGGUCCCCGCUGGGCACUACUCACUAAGGGCAUUGAGUGUGGCCCCGGGACAGAAUGAACUGUCUCUCAAUGUUGGACCUGAAGUGGUACCAUUCAGUGUCCAACAUGAUAGCUUGUACAUCAAGAAUGCUUUUGAGGUGAGCGGCUUCACAGUGGUAGGCUCGCUCCUAGCCUCGGUGGGCGGGGCCGGCGUGGGCGGGGCUCGCGUGGAACUAGAUGGGCGGGCGGUAGGCACAACCGACGCGGGCGGCAAGUUCACGCUGCCCGCGUUGAAACCAGGGAACUACUUGCUCAACUUCUUGCAUGAGAAGUGCGAAGCGGACACAAUCCAGCUGCAGGUGACCCCCGCGGGGCCCACGCGCGUGCCCCACGCGGCCGCGGCGCGCUGGCGCGUGUGCGGCGCCGUCAGCCCGCCCGACCACAGGGACAUACUUAUUGAAGCAGAGAAGGGCCCGGUGAGGGCUGCGGUACACUCGGCGCCCGAGAAUGAUGGCAAGUGGUGCACCUUCCUGCCACCGGGAGUGUACGUAGCCAAAGUGGAGCUGAGUGAACAGGAGCAAAGGGAGGGCAUGCAAUUCUUCCCAGUAACCCAGAAGUUUUCCGUCGGCAACGGUCCCGUGGACGGCGUGUCGUUCUCCCAGCUUAAAGGCACCGUGUCGGGACGUGUCGUGUGUCUUCGCCCGGCUGACUGCAACAAUCUACCAGUUAUGUUGCGGCCGCUGUCGCCUGAUGGUGGUUACAUCGGGACCCCCAUGAAAGCUGUGGUUGUCAAUGGCGAGUACUCGUUCAAGGAAGUCCCGGCGGGCAGCGCCGAACUGUCGGUGCCGACGACGCGUCUGUGCUGGCGGGAGGCGCGCCUCAACGUGGCCGUCGCACACGAGAAAGUGCCGGCGCCUGCCUUCCACCACACGGGAUAUGUUUUGAGGCUGAGCUCGCAGCACGAGCUUGAGGUGGAGUACACCGGCCCGGACGGCGCGUCCGGCGUGUUACAAGUGUCUCGCGGCGCCAGCUCGGCGUGCGUGCCUGCAGCCGGCCGCUACACGCUCGCGCCGCGCGGCUGCCACCAGUUCCGACCGCCUACCCUCACGGCUGCCACCGCGGCUAACGACGACAAGCCGCCCUCGACAAUAUACUUCGCGCCAGUAGCACAUGCAGUGACUGUGCGCGUGCUGUCACCAGUGACAGUUAACGACUUGACGCUGACAGUAGGCGGCACUCGCACUGGCCCGCUGACGUCACGCCCGCAUCCUGAUGGCGGCUUCAUCUUUGAACACACCAUGUAUAUGGCUGAUGGCGAAGUAUCCGUCAUAUCAGCGCAAUCAUCUUCUCUACUAUUCGAGCCGUCCGGCCCGCAGCAAGUGUGGGGUAUCGCAGGCUGCCAGGCGGCGGCGCUCACGCUACGCGCCGUCCGCGGCCUCACCAAGAGCGGACGGGUUGUUCCGGCGGUGGAAGGCGCUACUGUCACGCUUACUGGAGACGGCGUCAAGCUGACCCAGCUGACCACAAAGGAAGGCACCUACUCGUUUGGCCCUCUCGACGCGUCCAAGGACUACACCGUGACCUUGGAGAAGGAAUCGUACGUGUUCAGCGCUCCUGAUGAUAAAGGAAACGUCGUGGCCAAGAAACUGGCUGAGAUUACCGUGGAGUUGGUGGAUGACGCUGAUGGCACGCCGUUGCAGGGUGCGUUAGUAUCAGUGAGUGGCGGCACAUACCGACGCAACGCAUUGGCCGGGCCGGGCGGGCGCCUGGUGUUCGCGGCGCUGUCGCCCAACCAGUACUACGUCAAGCCCAACAUGAAGGAGUACCGCUUCACGCCGCCUCAUACUAUUGUGGCGCUGCCUGAGGGACACUCGCACCACCUCGCGCUCAGAGGCGUGCGCGUAGCCUGGUCAUGCGUUGGCUCGCUAGUGUCGCUGGGCGGCGCGGGCCGCGCGGGCGCGCUGCUGGCCGCCGUGCCGACCGGGGCGGAGCCCCACUGCGCCGUGGAGGAAGCCACCACCGAAGCCAAUGGGGCUUUCAGAAUCCGUGGUCUCUUGCCAAACUGCGUGUACACACUCCAGCUGAAGGAAUCCUCCACGCCCGAGCUCGCCGGGCUCAAAUUGGCUAAAGCGCCGCCUACCUUAGAGGUGAAAGACAACAAAGACAUCGAGAACGUCCGCCUGAUAGCGAUUCAACCGGCACAACUGACAGACGGCGGCGUCGUCGUCCGCACGCCCUCGGUGGAGCACUACAAGACACUCAAGCUGACUCUGGCACCUGAAGCCGCGCCGCACUCGCCCGUCUACACCGUCAAGCUGGACUCCGCUGGCUACAGCCAGCAAUCGAACCCGGGGCUUGCCUACACGCUGCCGCGCCUGCCUGCCGACAACAAGACAUACGUGCUACAACUCGAAUCCACUUUAUCCAAGAGUACGCACUCGUACGAUGACACCGCCAUUUACUUCAACUCCGAUGGCGGAUUCAAGAGCUUCUUCAUCGAGUUCCUGCCUAAGGUAAAAUCAUCCGAGCAGGAGCUUCGUCAGACAUCACUGCUAGUGGUCCCGCUCCUAGGGCUCCUAGCUGUGAUGUAUUUGCACCGCGACGCGCUCCUAGCACGUGCGUUGUCCCUAGCACGCGCCGCGCCCAAGCCGCGCGCGCGAUCCGAAGUGCCCGAACGCCCCGAGGGGAUUCCCGGCCUUAACGUGCCCGGGAAGAGGGUUCCUAAGAAGAAAGCGCUGUGAGUGGACGCAGGUUUACACUGAGAGAUGCAGUUAUUGAGUAAGCAGUAUUAUUACAUCUUCAUACAGACUAAAUUGACGCGUUUAAGAUUUCGAAUUGUUGCUAUUCAUACACCCGUAUUCACAAACAUUACUAUGUGGUUUCACAUUGCACGUGGACGCACAGGGUCCCAAAAACCUAUUCAUAGACAAUACUUGAGUGGCGGAGUGACACAUACGAACCAAUCUCAGAGUAAACAUCGUUUGUAAAUACGGCUGGGUGUUAGAUACGUGAGAACACCACGGUUACAGACGUGCUAGGUGUGAGUGCCUUUGUUUUAUGUCGGGACGUAAGAACGACUCACUUUUUUAAGCAUACGCCUCACUUACUCGUACCCGUUCAAAUGUUUUAAAUAACCAUGUAGCACAAAAUUAUUCUGUGUUACUGUAUAACUAGAGUUCGUGGACGAACGUACCGAGUGACAUUGUUACUAACUCAAGGACACUCCCGAGACAAAAUACGGCUUACUUGAAUAAACUGUGUCAUAGUGCAAUAAUUUACUACGCCUUCUCGUAUUAAAUUGUCACGUGAUUCGUCAACACUACGUCGAACCAACUUGUUACAAAUCAAUGGCGAAAAUUGACGUAGAUUUUGAACUGACGAAUUGGUUCAUAGGAGAACCUGUUUUAAAAAGAUAUUUUUUAUUAAAUGUACCAAAUUGAAUGAAUAUGGUGUCUGUUGUUGUGUUAGUUUUUUGCCUUCUACAAUCCAAUGUUUAAAAUAAUGAAAACGAACAACUGCGAAAGAAGCAUUGCUUUUCUUUCUUAAAUACUGUGAAUCAUAUUAAUUUGAGUCCUAGUGUUUGUACUUUGUCAACUUAUGAUAGUAUUUAUCCAGGGCCUUUACACCCUCUUUGUAGGUAUAUCAAAUUAAUAUGUAUUGAUCUAAAUUAUUUAUUUAAGUUUAUCUUAUUUGAUCAUAUCGUAAUUUCAGACAGAUACAUGUCGUGUCAUUCAUUGUAUAAGUAUGCGCAUUAUUUCAGUAUUUUGAAGAAACGAACAAGUCGCAAAUUUUAAAAUGUAUAUAAAAUUAACUAACGUUGACAUUCCAUCUUCAGUUGAUACUAAGAAAAACAGUUUAUUUGUUACCAAAACUAUAUACGAAUUAAAUUAAGUAAUAAU